CUCGUGACGUCACCGACUGGUGGCGCCCUCUACUUCCUCUACUCAUCCGUCCCUCCUGUACACUCUUUUCGUAUUCAGCGAGCGUGAAAACGACAUGGGUUUCCAGAAUAUUUGGUACUCUCACCCCAGAAAAUACGGCCAAGGAUCCAGAUCCUGCCGUGCCUGUGCUAACAAACACGGGCUCAUCCGCAAAUAUGGUCUAAACAUCUGCCGUCAGUGCUUCAGGGAAUAUGCAGCUGACAUUGGGUUCAAGAAGUUGGACUAAAUAAAUAUUUUCAACACAAUAAAAAAUAUUUAAAUGCUGCCUGGUUCGCGCUAUAGACAGAUUCGUACAAGAAAUUUCAUAACGAAUUCAACAGUGAAUUGUAAACAACAAUAAUCAAACUUUUGUAAAGAACAUGUCUAAUCUGUGUAUGGCAAGACAUCAGUAAAAAAAAACAAAAAACCACGAAAUGAGUAUUUUAUUUAUGAAGAAAAUCAGCAUGAGAAAGGUAAUCAGAGCGAGAACGAUAAAUAAAAAUUAAUUGGCAUGAAAAAA